ACAUUACUUAUUGAAUACUCACUUUAUUGUGAAAACUGACCAAAAAUCCUUGAAACACCUCGUAUAGCAAUAGAUUCCUAUAGACUUCCAAGUGGCAUGUAUCUCAAAAUUAAUGGCUUUUGACUUCUCAAUUGAAUAUAAAAAGGGUUUAGAGAAUAAGGCCGCAGAUGCUCUUUCUAGAAUGCCUGAUGCAGAAGUUUUAGCCAUAGCCGUACCACAUGAUGAUUUGUAUAACAAAAUUAAGGAUUCUUGGAGUACUGAUUCUGCAUUACAGUUGGUGAUUUAGAAAUUGCAGACUCAAAACUUCAAGUCAUACACUUGGUGCAAUGAUCAAUUAAGGUGGAAGGGUAGACUAGUGGUGGGAGAUAAUCCACAACUCCGAAGAACUAUUAUCAAACUUUGGUGUAGCAGUCCUCAAGGGGGACAUUCUGGUAUGGAUGCUACCAUUUGGAGGUUACAAUCAUUAUUUCAUUGGAAAUCACUCAUCUCAAAUGUUAGAAUUUUUAUUAACCAGUGUGACAUUUGCCAAAGACACAAGUAUGAUGUUGCAGCUUCUCCAGGUUAUCUUCAGCCCCUCCCUAUACCUGAAGGUGUUUGGACUGAUAUAUGUCUUGACUUUAUAGAAGGCCUUCCAAAGUUCCAGGGAAAAGAUGUUAUAUUAGUAUUGGUGGAUAGAUUGAGUAAGUAUGCUCAUUUCUUGAGUUUGCAGCAUCCAUAUACAGCUCAGUCAGUAGCUAAAAGUUUCUUAGAUGGAGUCUUUAAACUACAUGGAAUGCCUGUUACUAUGACCAGUGAUAGAGAUCCUGUAUUUUUGAGUUCUUUUUGGCAAGAAUUGUUCACACUUCAAGGUGUGCACCUCCAAAGAUCAACAACUCAUCAUCCUCAAACAGAUGGCCAAACUGAAGUGGUGAACAGAACCUUAACUUACUUGAGGUGUUUUUGUUCAAAUUGUCCCAAGGAUUGGAUUACUUAUUUACCACUAGCUGAAUGAUGGUAGAAUACUACCUACCAUUCUACUAUCAAAUGCACUCCUUAUGAGGUGCUUUAUGGUCAGAAACCUCUUGUGCAUUUUCCCUACCUGGUCGGAGAAAGUGCAGUUGAGAUGGUGGACAGAGAUCUUGCAGCUAGAGAGGCUAUCAUCCAGUUAAUCAAGUUUCACAUUGCUAGAGCUCAACAAAGAAUGAAAGACGUGACUGAUAAACAUAGAUCUGAUAGGUCCUUUGAAGUUGGUGACUGGGUCUAUUUGAAAUUGCAGCCUUAUAGGCAUGUUUCAGUUGCCUCUAGGCCUUUUAACAAGCUAGCAGCCAAGUAUUAUGGACCCUAUGUAGUUGAGGCUAAGAUUGGAGUUGUUGCUUAUAGACUUUUGCUUCCUUCUGAAGUACUUAUUCAUCCCUCACUCCAUGUGUCACAGUUGAAAAGGUGUCUUGUUGUGCCUAGUAGCAUUUCUCAUCCUCCUGUUCUCCACCUCUCAAGUCCUCAAUGUCCUUUACCUGGGGCUAUUCUUGAUAGAAGGAUGGUCAAGAAGGGUAACAAGGCUACCACUCAAGUUCUCAUCAAGUAGACUGAUAUAGACGUUGCACAGGCUACAUGGGAAUUUUUGUUUGAGGUUCAAACCAGAUUUCCUUCCUUUCAUUCUUGAGGUCAAGAAUGUUCUUUAGAGGGGGGUAUUGAUGCAAGUUCAUGGUGUUGAAUUCGUGUAUGAAGCUGAUGAGCUGAGCUGGCAAUCAAGGAAUUAAGUAGGCAAGCAGUAAAAUAGCUAGACAGUUACAGUUUGAAUUCUGUUAUUAGUGUAACUGCUAACACUGUAACAGUGACAGUUAUUUCCAUUUUUUUGUUAAGGUAGUUAGUAGGAAUUACAUUCCAGUUUGAGUAUAUAAGCUGCAAUGUAAGAUACACACACUCAUUACUGAUCAUAUCAAUACAGUUCUCUUUCUUAUUCUCUCAAACUCUCAUCCAUUAACUAUCAUCUCGGAUUAAAUCCCUGAGUCAGUUUCCCCCUUUUCUCGAGGUUUCCUCCUGAAAUUGAAUAAUUCUUUUUGAGUGCAUCAUGACUCAACAACUUGAUACUCCUAUAGUUGUUGCAACUUUGGAUGUCCCCCUUGAGUUCUAACGUAUACUUUAGCGAGCUGCGUUUUAUUGACUAUGAAAUUCAAUUAUACUUUCAUUUUAAAUAGUUGAUUUGUUUUUUUCAUAUGUUCAGUUGCUCAAGCUGAGAGCCGAGACAAAUAGACAUUUUUGCCAGUUUGGUUGUAAAUUGUUCAAUUAUAGUUCUUUUCAUUUACCUUUCCAAUUUCCAUGGAGAAGAAUAUGAAAUCCAUUUAUUCUCGGUAAAAGGCUUCCUCUUGUUCAUGUCUUUGUAUGGCUGUGAUCAAUCUGAGAAACGUUAACAAGGACUUGGUAUCUGCCUUGUUUCAAUGAACUAUCCACUUGUCCAUUUUUUGAUGCAGGCAGAAUGUACGUUAUUGCAGUCCGAUAUAUAUGUUUAACAAGAAACCCCAUUUUUUUGAUAUUUAACACGAAAAAGAUUUCGGUUUUUUCCCUUCCUAUGGCUACUUCUUCAGCUUAUCUUUGUUGUCCUGUCACUUCUGCUACUGGAAAGAAAUGUGUUUUUCCAAAUGGUUCAACGGGAUUCUUGGUUUUUGGUGGUCGUCGUUUGUCGAACCGGUUAGUGACCCCAAAGUCUGUUAUUCGGGCUGAUUUGGACUCCAUGGUCUCUGAUAUGAGUACAAAUGCUCCAAAAGGGCUAUUUCCACCUGAACCUGAACAUUAUCGGGGGCCAAAGCUGAAAGUAGCUAUUAUUGGAGCUGGACUUGCAGGGAUGUCGACUGCUGUGGAGCUCUUGGAUCAAGGACAUGAGGUGGAUAUAUGAUCAACGACCUUUAUUGGUGGGAAAGUGGGUUCUUUUGUUGAUUGACGUGGGAACCACAUUGAAAUGGGGCUGCACGUGUUCUUUGGUUGCUAUAAUAAUCUGUUCCGUCUGUUGAAAAGGGUGCUAAAAAAUCUGCUAGUGAAGGAGCAUACUCACACAUUUGUAAAUAAAGGGGGUGAAAUAGGGGAGCUUGAUUUCCGCUUUCCAGUUGGAGCACCCUUACGUGGAAUUAAUGCAUUUUUGUCUACUAAUCAACUAAAGAUUUAUGAUAAAGCUAGAAAUGCUGUAGCUCUUGCCCUUAUUCCAGUGGUGCGGGCUUUAGUUGAUCCAGAUGGUGGUGCAUUGCAGCAGAUACGUGAUCUAGAUAGUGUAAGCUUUUCUGAUUGGUUCAUGUCUAAAGGAGGGAUGCGUGUUAGCAUCCAGAGGAUGUGGGAUCCUGUUGCAUAUGCUCUUGGAUUCAUUGACUGUGACAAUAUCAGUGAUCGGUGUAUGCUCACUAUAUUUGCAUUAUUUGCCACUAAAACGGCGACUUCCCUAUUGCGCAUGCUUAAAGGUUCUCCUGACGUUUAUUUGAGUGGUCUAAUUAAGAAGUACAUCAUAGACAAGGGGGGAAGGUUCCAUCUAAGGUGGGGAUGCAGAGAGGUACUCUGCGAAACCUCCUCUGAUGGAAGCAUGUAUGUUAGCGGGCUUGCCAUGUCAAAGGCCACUCAGAAGAAAAUUGUAAAAGCUGAUGCCUAUGUUGCUGCAUGUGAUGUACCUGGAAUUAAAAGAUUGGUACCUCAGAAGUGGAGGGAAUUGGUAUUCUUUGACAACAUUUACAAAUUGGUUGGAGUGCCUGUUGUUACCGUACAACUACAAUACAAUGGCUGGGUUUCCGAGUUGCAGGACUUGGAGCGUUCAAGGCAAUCAAAGUGCGCUACAGGUUUGGACAAUCUCCUGUACACGCCAGAUGCAGAUUUCUCUUGUUUUGGAGACCUUGCAUUGACAUCUCCGGUAGAUUAUUACAUUGAGGGAUAAGGCUCAUUGCGUCAAUGUGUCCUUGCACCUGGCGACCCUUACAUGCCUCUCCCAAAUGAAGAAAUCAUAAGAAGAGUGUCAAAACAGGUUUUGGCGUUAUUUCCUUCUUCCCAAGGUCUUGAGAUAACCUGGUCAUCAGUUGUGAAGAUUGGGCAAUCCUUAUAUCGUGAAGGACCUGGUAAAGACCCGUUCAGACCUGAUCAAAAGACGCCAGUGGAAAAUUUCUUUCUUGCUGGCUCAUAUACAAAACAGGACUACAUCGAUAGUAUGGAAGGGGCAACUCUUUCAGGCAGGCAAGCUUCUGCAUACAUAUGUGAUGCUGGAGAGCAGCUGUUGGCGCUGCGAAAAAAGAUUGCUGUUGCUGAGUUAAACGAGAUCUGUAAAGGUGUAUCGCUAUCGGAUGAGUUGAGUCUUGUCUGAUGACUGCAAAUAAUUCAAAUAUAAUUCAGUUAGGCAGUGCAUAAGAAUUCUUCUAAAUUUUUGAGUCCACAAGAAAUGAAAAGGUUUAAAAAUGUUGUAUGUAAUAUUAGUAAAUCUUCAUAGUGGUGUUUUGAACGAAGAGGUGUAAGCAUUGCAUAUGUAUGGCCUUACGAUCUCUAUUUUGGUACCAAACAAAUGAACUGUUCUUU